AUGUUCUGCAAGGCAACUCUGCUCACCGUAGCGCUCGCUCUCAUCGCGUCUGCGAGUCCAAUUGCCCGCGACUCUCAGUCUGGCAUACACGUCCCCCUCCAUAAGCGCGGUAGUCUAAAGAAAUCCGACGGCUCCUUCGACUACGCGAAGGCGGCCAUCCAGUUUGCUAAAGUCCAGAACAAGCAUCGCCAGAACUUGAUCAACCUCCAGCGCAACAAAGGUUUUCUUUCUGACAGUCUCUAUAUCCCAAAGCCUGUCACGCUCUCCAAGCGCCAGGCUUUGCCGUUGACCGACGAACAGAAUGGUCUUGAGUGGAUGGGUACCGUCUCCAUCGGCACGCCUGCGACCGACUUCGCGAUCGACUUCGACACUGGCUCUGCUGACCUCUGGAUCCCCUCCUCCUCAUGCAGUGGAUGCGGCUCGCACAGCACAUACAAUCCAUCCUCGUCGUCAACCAGCAAGAGUGAGAGUGGCACCUUCCAGAUUAGUUAUGGAGACGGGUCUACCGCUUCUGGCCCCGAGUACACAGACACUGUAUCUCUGUCCGGUGUUACUGUCACUGGCCAAGCCCUUUCGGCUGUGACGAGCGAGUCUGGUGAAUUCCAGUCGGACCCUGCUGAUGGCCUAAUGGGAUUGGCCUUCCAGUCGAUUUCUCAGCUUCAAUCUAGCCCCUUCCCCUUCACUGCCUCCAGUGAAGGCGUGAUCUCCCAGGGCGUCUUCGCUUUCAAGCUCACGUCCAGCGGCGCCGAGUUGUACAUGGGCGGCACCGACUCCUCGCUCUAUAGCGGUGACAUUGAGUAUCACGACCUUUCGUCAUCGGACGGAUUCUGGCAGAUUGGCGGCGCGUCCGCGAUUGUGAAUGGUCAGACGGCAACUUCCGGCUUUGACACCGUCAUCGACUCUGGCACCACGCUCGCGUACGGCCCAACCUCCGGCGUUUCCCAGCUCUACGCCGCUAUCCCCGGCUCCCAGCAGGGCAGUGAUGGAACGUACACCUUCCCCUGCGACAGUAGUGCCACCGUCGGCUUCAGCUGGGGUGGCCAGACCUGGCAGAUUGACCCGAGCCUCUUCAACCAGGGUACCUCGUCGAGCGACUCUAGCCAGUGCGUUGGUGCCAUUGGUGCCAGCGAUAACCUCGGCCUGGGCUCUAACACAUGGCUCCUCGGCGACAUUUUCAUGUCCAAUGUGUACACUGCUUUCUCCAUAGAUCAGAACGCCGUCGGCUUCGCUGCUCUGGCAUGA